CGUGCUGGUACUGGCAGAGCACGCGAAAGGAAACCCGCCAUUGAAGACGUCUCACAACGUGAGAGUUUCGUUGUAGUGCACUCUUAAGAAAAGGUGCAAUUUUUUUCAGCAUAUACCUACAGCUGGUAUUUAGUUGGAGGAAUGGCAUACAGAGGACAAGGACAGAAGGUCCAGAAGGUUAUGGUGCAGCCCAUUAAUCUCAUUUUCAGGUACCUGCAAAAUCGCUCACGGAUCCAAGUUUGGUUGUAUGAACAGGUGAACAUGCGGAUAGAAGGCUGCAUUAUUGGUUUCGAUGAGUACAUGAAUCUGGUUCUAGACGAUGCUGAGGAAGUCCACAUGAAGACUAAGAACAGAAAACCAUUGGGGAGGAUCAUGUUGAAAGGAGACAACAUUACCUUGCUGCAGAGUGUGUCCAACUGAGGCGAGAAUGGAGACAUCUACAAACUUCAACUUUUGCAGAAGCAAUUGGGUUUUUUUUUUUCUUCAGAGAUUAAGUGUUUGUGUUUAUGACAUGAAUAUUGUAAUUGUUUCUUUCUACCACAUGGAUCUGUUUGGAGAAUAAAGUUUUUUCUUCUUCUUACA